CUGAGUGGCAGAAAAGGGUGGGGCCGCUUUCCUGCAGCAGAGACGGCGGCGGCAGCAGCUGCAGCAUCAUUGGGAGCGGCGGCAGAGGCAGCAAUGCUUGGCCUCUGCUGGAGGUGAUCUCCUCCGAGCCCUGCUAGGUACCCGGCUGCGACGGGACGCCGGCGGGAAGGAGAACAGAGGCUCAUCCGCGGGCCCCGCUGCCACACUGUCCUGCCCUUCCUCUGCGCCAUGGCUUAAGACCGCGGCCACUUCGCCUCGCGUCGCCUGGCUUGGCCGGGGUGUGAGCGCCGCCGCAGCCGCAGGGAGGGGCGCGCCCCAGACGCCUUCGCCUGGGGACUGGGGACGUCCUGUCUCUCACCUCCGGUACCUGCAGCAGACUGCGUUCCCAAGACCUUUGCAGUCGGUAAUCGAGGGACUUCAUCUCCAUGACAGCUUUGCUGCCCUGACCUUCCCGGGCGCUCUCUGAGGGAGGAGGGCGAGGUACUCAGGCCACCAAGGAAAAAAACGGUGGGAAUCAGAUUGGCUGGUCAAGCGCCAAAAGACUGAGGAAGAUUAGAGACUUGCUUUAGAAACACAAAAAGAAGGGAAGACCAGCUUUGCAGCUAACAUCAUGGCGUGGCCGUGCAUCACGCGGGCUUGCUGCAUCGCCCGCUUCUGGAACCAGCUGGACAAGGCGGACAUCGCCGUGCCGCUGGUUUUCACCAAGUACUCGGAGGCCACCGAGCACCCAGGCGCCCCGCCGCAGCCGCCGCCGCCUCUGCAGCAGCCGCCGCAGCCGGCGCACGCGCCCCCCUCGGCGCGGGCGGUCGCCAUAGAGACCCAGCCGGCCCAGGGCGAGUUGGAUGCCGUUGCCCGGGCAACAGGGCCGGCGCCGGGGCCCGGUGGCGAGCGCGAGGCCGCUGCUGCCUCUGGUCGGAGCACAGUGGGCUCGGGCCCGGGCUCCGCCUCCGCCUCCGCCUCCGGCGCGGGCCCCGUGGACUCGGUGAUGCGUCAGGACUACCGCGCCUGGAAGGUGCAGCGGCCCGAGCCGAGCUGCCGGCCGCGCAGCGAGUACCAGCCUUCCGACGCGCCCUUCGAGCGCGAGACCCAGUACCAGAAGGACUUUCGCGCCUGGCCGCUGCCGCGCCGCGGGGACCACCCGUGGAUCCCCAAACCCGUGCAGAUCCCCACGUCCUCCCAGGCUUCAGCGCCCAUUCUCGGGGCGCCCAGGCGCCGGCCUCAGAGCCAGGAGCGCUGGCCGGUGCAGGCCGCCGCGGAGGCUCCGGAGCAGGCAGCGGGCCCUGGCGGAGCUGGUGCGUUCGCGGCGGGAAAGGCGGCGGGUGCGGAGGAGCGUGACCCACGCAGGAAGGCCGGGCCCGCCUGGAUGGUGCGUCGCCCUGAGGGGCUGGGGCACGAGCAGACGCCGCUGCCCGCAGCCCAGGCCCAGGUCGCGGGCCCCGAGGGUGGCAAGGGGCGUGCAGCAGCUGAUGCCCUCAAUAGGCAAAUCCGCGAGGAGGUGGCGAGUGCAGUGAGCAGCUCCUACAGGAAUGAAUUCAGAGCAUGGACGGACAUCAAGCCUGUGAAACCAAUAAAAGCCAGGCCCCAGUACAAGCCCCCAGAUGAUAAGAUGGUUCAUGAGACCAGCUACAGUGCCCAGUUCAAAGGGGAGGCCAGUAAGCCAACACAAGCUGACAAUAAGUUCGUUGAACGCAGAAGAAUACGCAGCCUCUACAGCGAACCUUUCAAAGAACCCCCGAAGGUGGAGAAACCUAGUGGUCAGAGUUCCAAACCAAAAAAGACCUCAGUGAGCCACAAGCCCCCGAGGAAGUCCAAAGACAAGCAGGUGGUGGCAGGCCGGGCCUCCAAGAAAAAGAGCGCGGAGGGCCCCAGCGCCGCCCAGCCCGAGGACAAGGAGCCGAGCAAAGAGAUGAACAAUAAACUGGCUGAGGCGAAAGAGAGCAAGGUCGAUCCCUCCAGUGAUUCACAUAGGAAUCGAGGUCCUGUAGCCACAGAGCCGGACAAGGAUCAAGGUGCCGUGGGCUCAGGGCCACUGAAAGAUCAAGGUCCUGUGAUCCAAGAGCCUCCAAAGGAUCAAGGCCCUACUGUUCCAGAGCCUCUGAAGGAUCAGGCUCCUGUGGCCCCCGGGCCUCUGAAGGAUCAGGCUCCUGUGGCCCCCGGGCCUCUGAAGGAUCAGGCUCCUGUGGCCCCCGGGCCCCUGAAGGAUCAGGCUGCUGUGGCCCCCGGGCCUCUGAAGGAUCAGGCUGCUGUGGCCCCCGGGUCUCUGAAGGAUCAGGCUGCUGUGGCCCCCGGGUCUCUGAAGGAUCAGACUCCUGUGGUCCCCGGGUCUCUGAUGGAUCUAGGUCCCAUGGUCCCAGGGCCUCUGAAGGAUCUAGGUCCCAUGGUCCAUAUACCAGUUAAGGAUCAAGAUCGUGUGGCCCCUGGGCCUUUGAAAAAUGAAGGUUCUGUGAUCUCAGCACCAGUCAAAAACCAAGGUUCCUUGUACCCAGUGCCUCUAAAGAAUCAAAGUCCUGUGGUUCCAGCAAGAGUUAAGGAUCAAGGUUCCAUGGUACCAGAGACUCCGAAGGGUCAAGGUCCUGUAGUUCCAGCACCUGUCAAGGACCAAGGUCCUGCGGCCCCAGAACAUCUGAAGGGUCAGAGCGCCGUGGGCAGAGCCCCUGUAAAGAACGAAGAUCCUACGCUCUCUGAGCCUAUAAAGAACCAAGGUUUAGUGGCCCCAGAGCUUCUGAAGGGUCACGAUUCUGCAGUUGCAGCACCUGUAAAUAAUCAAGGUCCUAUGGUCCCAGAACAAAUCAAGGAUCUGGGCCCCGUGGUCCCCGAGCCUCCAAAGAACCAAGGUCCUGUGGUCCCCGAGCCUGUGAAGAAUCCAGUCCCUAUAAUCUCGGUGCCUCUGAAAGAUCAAGAUCCUCUAGUGCCACCACCAGCCAAGGACCAAGGUCCUGCGGUCCCUGAAUCUCUGAAGACUCAAGGUCCCAGGGGUCCACAGCUGCCCACUGUCUCACCCCCACCCCCAGUCAUGAUCCCUACUGUCCCCCAUGCAGAAUAUAUCGAGAGUUCCCCUUGACACUCACCCCUGGGCACCAAGGAAGGAGCUGACAGUGAAAGUUAUCCCUCCCCAGGGCAGCGAAGACUCACAUUUAAUCUGCAUGAAACACUAUUGUAUAGUCUUGCAGAAAUCUAAU